AUGCGUCAUUAUCUUCAAACUUACAAAAAUUCAUCGUGUCGAAUUGACAAUAUUUUAGACACCAAAUUGCAAAUUCAGGUUGCAAAAAAUCGAAAAAUCUUAACUUCUAUCCUCAAGUGUGUCGAAUUCUGUGGUCGGCAGGGUAUUCCACUACGUUCCCAUCGUGACGAUGAUACAUGUGACGACAAUACAAAUUUGGGGAAUUUGAAAGAACUAUUGAAGCUUUGUUGUCACUUAGGAGAAGAUGAACUUAAGGAUCAUCUUCAAUCAUGUGCGAAGAAUGCCAAAUAUUCAUCUAAAACUACACAAAAUGAACUCUUGGAUUCAGUAAAAAUAUAUUUGCAGCGUGAGAUCGUCAAUAGAGUGAAACAUCAAAAGUACAAUGACUUUUUUGGAAUUCAAGCUGACGAAGUUUCUGAUGUGUCUAAUAAAGAGCAGUUAGGAUUGGUGAUAAGAUAUCUUGAAGAUGAUGUACCUGUGGAAAGAUUUGUUGAAUAUGUCGUAUGUGAAAGUGUGACUGGUGAGGCAUUGUCUGAACAAAUUAUUAAAACUAUCAGCUCUUUAGGUUUAGAUAUGAACAAAUGUCGUUCACAGUCAUAUGAUGGUGCUGGGAAUAUGGCUGGAGCAAACAAAGGAUGCGCCAGCAGGAUAAAACGUUUGUUUCCAAGAGCAGAAUAUUAUUAUUGCAUGAAUCAUGAUCUGAACCUGGCUGUUGCAAAAUCUUGUAGAAUACCAGAAAUACAGAUCAUGUUAGAUACGUGCAAACAAAUCGGAUUAUUUUUCAAAUUUUCACCAAAGAGACAACAUGCAUUUCAAGCAUCUGUUGAUAAUGUGAAUGCAACAAGUAAGGAAGAUGGAGAAAAGAUAAAAUCAAAAUCAAUAAAAACACUUUGUGAGACUCGAUGGAUUGAAAGGCACACAACUGUUCAAAACAUCGCACAUGCAUACGAAGCCCUGACUGAUUGUUUAACAAAUAUUGUUUAUGGGAAAAAUGGCUGGGAUGUAAAGAGUAUCACAGAGUCUAAUGGGCUACUAUCAAGUCUUUGUAGUUCGAAGUGGAUUGUUGCGAUACAUGUAUAUCUGAAGUUUUCGGGAUACCUCAAAUCAUUGAGUGGACUUCUUCAAGGACCAACACAAGACAUUAUAUCUGCAUUUCAGAAAGUCAACAUUGUCAUACAAGAGCUGGAGCAAAUAAGAAGAGACAGUGACCAUUCAUUUAAUGAAGUGUGGGAUGAGUCAGAGAUUAUGGCUAAGAAAGUAUCUACAACCUUAGCAGUCCCAAGAAUGUGCAACAGACAAACAUCAAGAAAUAAUGUUUCAGCAGAUACCCCAGAACAGUACUUUUGUAGAUCAGUCUUUAUCCCUUACCUUGACCAUCUGCUGUCUGAACUGAAAUCUCGUUUUUCAACAGCAAAUGCAAUAACAUCAAAGGCUCUUAGUUUAAUACCUUCAAACUUGCAUUUACUUGAUGAUCAGCAAGUACGUUCAAUUGUAGAUCAUUUUGAAAAUGAUCUGCCAUGCAAAGAACAAUUUUUCAGUGAAAUUCAGUUAUGGAAAAGGGAAUGGUCCAACCCAGAGUUGUCUAUGUCACUGCCUGACAAUCUCAGAUCUACUAUUCAACAAACCAACUCCAAAUUCUACCCAAACAUUUCUACAAUUCUGAGACUUCUCCUUCUAAUGCCAGUAUCAGCUGCCUCUGUGGAAAGAAGUCAUUCACACUUGAAGGAUGUGAAAACCAAAAAACGAUGUGUUAUGUCAGAAGAUCGCCUUAAUUCAUUGAUGUUGUUAUAUAUCCAUCGUGAUUUGCAACUUGAUUACGAUAAAAUUAUUGACAUCUUUGCAUCAAAACAUCCUAGACGACUUCAACUGGCAUACCCACUUUCUUGA